AUGCUGAGAAAAAGGGCCUGGGACCAGCUAAGCAAUAAGAUGAAGGAGUCUCCCAAAAAGGUUGGUGAUGACAUUGCCAAGGCCACGGGUGACUGGAAGGGGCUGAGGAUCACGGUGAAGCUUACCAUCCAGAACAGGCAAGCUCAGAUUGAGGUUGUUCCUUCUGCCUCUGCUCUGAUUAUCAAAGCUCUGAAGGAGCCUCCCCGUGAUAGGAAGAAGCAGAAAAACAUUAAGCACAGCGGCAGUGUCAGCUUUGAUGAAAUAGUGAACAUUGCACGGCAGAUGAGGCACAGGUCCCUGGCUCGAGAGCUCUCAGGGACAAUUAAGGAGAUUCUUGGAACUGCCCAGUCUGUGGGCUGUAGCAUUGAUGGCAGGCACCCACAUGAUAUCAUCGAUGACAUCAAUAAUGGUGCAAUUGAGUGCCCAGCUAGCUAAGACUGCAGAAACGAAGUUGCCCUAUGAAGGUUCACUAAGUCUUUUUUGUAACAGCUUAAAUACUUAAUAAAACACCUAGUUGUCUGCAAA